UCGAGCAGAAGAGAGUGUGAAGCUGCAGCAGCCGAGAGAUAAAAGCUUUUCUCUCCCUCUGCCGGCGUCUGUGAGCAAGGGAUAGAGCAGAAGAGUGAAGCCAGCCGAGGGAGAGACGAGUCCAGGCUGUCUGCUGUCACUGAAGCUCCCGGCUUCCCCCGAUCAGCAGGCCUCAAACCACAAAUGCACAGCAGGACAAGACACAUUCGUGGACACGUAUGCAGAAGGACUCACAUAGCUGACCAGGGGACCGCCCAACCUCGCAGGCACAAACACACACUCAUACUCUCUCCUGGACAGCCACACACUUGCUGUUUCUCUAGCCUCCACCGUAUCAAUCGGAUCAAUCCACCCAUGCCUGUCUGACGGAGCCACGGUUUCCUUUUAGCCGGAGACGCCCUGUGUUCUCGUUUUUGCUCCCUGCAUGUCUUUGUUAUUUAAGGGGACGUGGAGUGCGGACCCUCUUGUCCUAACCUCUGCCGCUGUGCUGCGUGGAGUUCGGGACUGCCCUUCACUGGACACUGAAUCCCUUUGGCUCUGUUCCAGAUAUACAUCUGUACCUGAAGUAAGUCUGCUACUACAACUGGAUCUUGACGAGACCUUAGCUAAGCCAACAAGGGACCAGCCUCUUCCUCCCUUCCUCCUCUUUUGCCUCAGAGUCCUGUUCUGGCUCCUACCCCAGAUGUCUCUUCCUAAUUAGAUCUAGUGGACGUGAAGAGUUAUUAGGAGACGAAAAGGCACCAGAGAGGAGAAACAGAACCAGAGCCUUUUUCCCCCCAGCCUGCUGUUUUUUUUUUUUUUUUAUGUCUCUGAGUAAGACAUGGACUAAAUACUCCCCACCUCCUGCAAACUGUGGAUUUUGUCGGGCUGUUGCAUCGUCGCACUGCACCACCUGAUGAAGGGGAAGCUUGCCUGAGUAACUGGCAGACAGCAGGACACGGGAGGUUUAUGAUUGGACUGUACUGGAACACAAUUCCCAGCCAACUCUGGUCCUCAGGGAAUCUGACAUCGAGGUGGGGGGAAUCUUUAGACUGGUAUCCAGGGAAGAGGCAUGUGAUGCUAAGCUGUCUGGAGAGCUUAAGGUGGAGUCUGUCUGCGUUUAGCUGCCUCCAGAUUUAGACCAGCACCCUUCUAAGGCACACAGCAGCAUUUUUUUGUGUUUUCUGGACUACAGCAAGUUGAUUCCACAGGUAUCUGUCUGCCCUAGAUGAUCAUUGUAAAGACUUAACUUUUCUGCCAAUCUCGUCAAUGGGAGAAAUUCACGCCAGCGAUUUUGGAUUCCAACAUAUUGACAACAACAUUCCCUUAAGAGGAGGAACACACACAAACUGAAAGGAUUGACACAUCACAUGAGACUCCAGCUCAAUGAGCAGGAUAAAUCGUGGGAGGAUGACAAGGAGAAGCAUUGGGGUGGGAUGCCGAUGCUCUGAUUGAGUAUUUAACAAGCUGUCAGAGUAUUGGCUGAGUCUCCCAACAAUCUGUGGCAGCAUUGGCUGACUGCACACUAUCUCUCACCCACAACCAAUCCGGAAACCGUGCUGCCUCGGCAGAAUGAGACACCGAGCUCACCGUUACUACAGGGGAUAUUGACAGCAUCACUGUUAAUACUACUUCCACUACAAGUACCGUGCCAGAUAGGAUUUCUACCGAACUCUGUUGUGUGGCUGACUUGCGUUACGGAUCUUUCUUCUUUCCUCUUGCACUGCAAUAACAUUACCACAGUAGGAGAGAGGCAUCAUUAAUUCAUGACCUCAGAUAGAUGCCAGAUCUCAGUGUAGAUAGAGCUCUUGGAUUACAGCGGCACCUGGAACGAUUAACAAAUCUUAACCUUGCUUUGUUUGUGGUUUAUCGAGGAUGGGAGGAAGAAUCUGAAUGGAAUUGCAGCAGACUAUGGUCAUGUUUUUUCCCCACACUGAGUAGCAGUCACCUCUCAUAUUGGUAGGAAUUAUGACAUUGAAUAAAGAACUGAGAUAUGACUGCUACUGAUUCCACACUCCCAGAAAUCCUGCAGUAUAUACACACUCAGUCACAUACAGUCACAUGCAGUGUGUGUGUGUGAAACGGCUGGAGCUUCACUAAUGGGCUGAAUAGCACUGGACUGCACUACAUUUUUCUCUCUCCUACACUCAUCCUGUAUGACACAUUGCCUUACACCAGGUAACGGCUCAUGUGCCAAAAGCCCGGUGAUAAAUCAGACGCCUGACCCUAAACACGUUUUUUUUACUCCAUCAUGGGGCUCAGCUGACAUAACUGUGUCCUUGUGUCCUUGACUUCGACCACAUGUCUUCUGGGAUCGAGAAAGAAGACCAAGUAAAGCAUCCAGCUGCCAGCACAUAUACACUGUUAAUCAGCAGGGCCCUUAGAGAGAGCACGGGUGGCCAGCGCACUGCCUAAACCCAAGUCAGGUGAGGUGAAGGAAAGAGGGAGGACAGGAGGGACCUGUGAUACGUCAGCCGGCUGCUGCCUGCCUCGUGACUGAACCAAUAACUGCCUGAGGAGAAGACUGACUUUCCCUCUCUCUCCUUUGGUGACAGCUCAUACAAUCCAUCUUUCUAUUCACCGGAUUGUAUUUAAGAUGGUGCCAUGGAAAAUGGAGUUAAACCUGCUCUUCCUAACUUCACAUUACUCACAGUGUCAGAUUAAUGAGGGAGCUGUCAGUCACUUGCCAGCCUAUCUGAACAUUUCCUCUCUAGUGUCUCUCUUUUUGGGGAGCAUAGGAUUGUUCUGAGAUAACUGCAAUAAAAAUUCAAACCUUAAUGAACAUUCAUUUGGCAUCUCGGAUGGAUUAACUGUAUUUACUGUGGUUACUUUUUUAUAUACUGUUAUCUGUCAACAUCAAAGACAUGGGGAACUCCAUGGGUUGUGUCAGGCCUCCUCAGGAGGGGGAACUCGGUGGAGCCCCCCCACUUUCACCAAAGAAGCGUCUCCGUUUCAGACGUAAGCACAAGGGCAAGAAGAACAGGAAAGGAGAGUUAGAACAGGAGGACUUUGAGCAACAAAGAAGCCAUGAACCUGAUGAAAGAGAGGAAGAGGAUGAAGACGACGAGGAAAAGGCUGCAGUUAUUGAAACAGCAGACUCAGAUUUUAGCAACAGAGCUAGGACUCUUACAACAGUGCCUGAUACCCAGUUGAUUCAUUCCAAAACUAAUCUGCACAGCAAUACUCUUUCCCCUGGCUCUGUGAGUGCCAAUGUAGGGGGCCUUUUGGGCAGCAGGAUACUUGAAGUGUCCCCGAAGCCCAGCCCUGCCUGGAAAGGAGUUUUCUGCCUUCCAGGGGAGGAAGACACUGUUAGUGCCAUCAUAGAUGUCUCCAGCAUCCCAAGCCAAACCACGACCACCACCCCAGUCAACACAGCCCCAGCCCUUGGCAGUACCACUCCAGGUGGAGGGAGAGUCUGUCGUGUUAGGGAGAAAGUCCAAGGGGUCCUAGAGAAACCUUGGAUACUACGACAGAAGAAGGAGAAAAAAGACAAGGGGAGGGCAGAGAGAGAGGAAAGGGGGGAUGCGGGGAUUAAAGGUGGACCAGAAGGAACAUUAGGGGUAGUACGAACACCUUCGGGGAGGGAGCGCAAAGGUGUCGUCCAUAUUCGUGAGGUGGAUGGUAAACUCUGUGUGGUGAGGACAGUGUACCCCAGUGAUUUUGGCUCUCCAGUGUGGAGGGGCGAAAGUGACAGUGAGGUAGAGGUGUACAAAGAGCCCCAUGCCCCAUCUCCUGUCACAGGAAAUAUUCUCAAAGUCCAACUGUCUGAGGAGGACAAAAGUAGAGCCAAAAGUUCUGCAGAGGAUUCCCCCAUGUCCUCAAACCAAAUGCGGAUUCAGGAGACUAUGGUUAUCAAGGGAUUUAGCUUGGACACUCCAGGUCGUGCACAGGAGCAGUCUUCUCUGUUGGAGUCAGGCUACGCCAGCGACUUGCCAAUGACCUCACCAGAAACAGCGGGCACCACUCCCAGUCAAACAGACUGGGGCGGUCUUACCAGUAGCUCCUCAGAGAGACUGGACUCCAUGAUGGAGAGUCCCAUGUCACUGCAGCAACAGGCGACUGUAAAAUUCCUACCACAGAUUUCAGAGAUCUAUGUGAGUGGCGAGUCAGGCGACCUCACUGCCAAAGAGAAGCUGUUAUUAUGGAGCCAGCAGGCGACAGAAGGCUACCCCGGCCUCCGCUGUGUCAACUUCACCUCGUCCUGGAGCGACGGACGCAUGUUCAACGCUCUGCUGCACAGAUACAGGCCAGACCUGAUCGACAUGGAGGUGGUGUCACGGCAGAGUAACCGGGAGAACCUCGAGCAGGCCUUCGAAAUCGCUGAGUCGUUAGGGGUGACCAGACUGCUGGACGCUGAGGACGUCGAUGUUCCAUCUCCAGAUGAGAAGUCGGUCAUCACCUAUGUCUCAUCCAUCUAUGAUGCCUUCCCUAAAAUCCCUGAGGGAGGAGAGGGCAUCACUGCAAACGAGGUGGACCAGCGCUGGUCAGAGUACCAGUCCAGGUUUUCCUCUCUGCUCCAGUGGAGCCGCCAGCAUAUGGCCCUCAUGGCCAACAAGAACUUUCCACAAAACCCUGUGGAACUCAAGGCACUUUACAACGAGUACGUCCAUUUCAAAGAGACGGAGAUCCCUGCAAAGGAGAUUGAGAAAGGUCACAUUGAACAUCUCUACAAACUGCUGGAGGUGUGGAUAGAGUUCGGUCGUAUCAAGCUUCCUCAGGGCCUCCAUCCCAAUGACCUCGAGGAGGAGUGGGGCAAACUCAUCCUGGAGAUGCUGGAGAGAGAAAAGGCUUUACGGCCGGCUGUGGAGAGGUUAGAACUACUGCUUCAGAGGGCCAAUAAGAUCCAGAACAUGGCUCUGGACUGUGAGGAGAAACUCACCCUCGCUAAGAACACACUCCAGGCUGACAUGUCUCGAGUGGAGAGCGGCGAGGCGGUGCAGUGUGAGAGAGAACUGGCCUGCUACCUGCAGGACUGCGAGUCUCUCAUCAGACAGCUCAACCAGGAGCUUAAAGUCCUCCGAGAAGAGAAAUACUACCAGGUGGAGCAGCUGGCGUUCAGAGUGUCUUGCCUUCAAGAGGAGCUGGUCUCCCUCAGACUGCAGUGCUCCAGCGUCUACAGGAAAGGCCACUUCACCCAGGCCCUGGGCAGCACUGUGGCAGAGCACACCAGCCAGAGAGCCACAGACAGUGGCCUGUCACUGGGGCAGACACUGCUGGGAGCUGUGGGCGCAAUGGGAGCUGUCGGUGCCGCACUCCUGCGGCGACCAAUGGCCCGCUCCCAGCUAGUGGCCAUGUCCUCAUCAGAGGACGAAGGGAGCCUGAGGUUCAUCUACGAGCUGCUCGGAUGGGUGGAGGAGACACAGGAGCUCUUGGAGCGUGCUGAAUGGGGUGCAGACCUUCCCUCUGUAGAAAACAACCUCCAAGAGCACAACAUCAUACACACUGCAGUCGAAGAGCUAAUUAACAGCCUACAGGAGGCACGCAGCUAUGAGGCUAAAGUUUCUACCAACUUCAAGAGCAAUUACUCUGAAACCCUGGCCAAGCUGGAGCACCAAUACUGCAAACUAGUGGAACAUUCGUCAUGGCGCCUGCGGAGCUUGGAGAGCCUGCACGCAUUUGUGUCGCACUGCACUGAGGAGCUGAUCUGGCUCAACGAGAGGGAGGAGGAGGAGAUUGCCUUCGACUGGAGCGACAACAACCCCAACAUGAACGCCAAGAGAGAAUUAUACAGUGAAAUGAGGUUAGAGCUGGAUGACAAACAAGAAGUGAUGCGGUCGCUCCAGGAAACAGCCAACUGUCUGUGUCAGGAGAACCAUCCAGCCAAACAGACUGUGGAGGCUUACAGUGCAGCUCUGCAAACUCAGUGGCAGUGGGUGAACCAGCUCUGUGUGUGUGUAGAGCAACAUCUGAAAGAUAACACGGCAUACUUCCAGUUUAUGAGUGAUGCCCGGGACUGUGAGUCGUACCUACGCCAGCUCCAGGAAACCAUUAAGAGACAGUACACCUGUGACAAGAACAGCAGACUGAGCAAACUGGAAGACCUGCUGCAGGACUCAAUGGAGGAGAAGGAGCAGCUGAUUGAGUACCGGAGUACGUUGGCGAGCCUGGUGGGCCGGGCCAAGAUGGUGGUGCAGCUCCGCCCCCGCAGCGCAGAGACCACCCUGGGAACCACAACUCCCAUCAAAGCCAUCUGCGACUACAGACAGAUAGAGAUCACAAUAACCCGAGGAGAGGAGUGUGUGCUGGAGGACAACUCUCAGAGGACCAAGUGGAAGGUGAUCAGUCCGACAGGUAAUGAGGCCAUGGUCCCCUCUGUGUGUUUCACCAUCCCACCUCCAAACCAGGAGGCCAUCGACACAGCCAGCAGGGCAGAGCAGUUGUACCAGAAGGUCAUGUCUCUGUGGCAUCAGCUGCAUGUGAACAUGAAGAGUGUGGUGUCCUGGCACUACCUGUUGAAAGACAUCAGGACUGUCUCAGGAUGGAACCUGGACACGGUUCGUUGUCAGUCUCCGGCAGAGCGACAGCAGGUCCUGGGUCACCUGGAGUCCCAGUUGGCCGACUUCCUGUCUGACAGCAAAGAGAGCGCUCUGUUCACGCCAGGCGAAAGACGAGAGCUGGAGAAGGACGUUCAGCAGGCCCAGCAGCACUGCCAGGACUUGCUGCUCAACAUGGAGACCGUGGAGAAGGAUGAGUCAGUCUCUCGAUCGUACCUGUCUGAGUUGCAGAACAUCACCCUCCAUCUAAACGAGGCUGAGCAGAGACUGAUGAGGGCAAUUCAGACUCCGCCCCCCAGCCGGCUGUCAGCUGACAGUGCUGACAACGCUGUUCAGAUUGCAGAGCAAGAGAAGCUGCAGUCAGAACUGGACGCUCUGCGCUCCAAUUUGGGUGAUGUGUCUCGUCGCUGCGUCAGUUUCUUCGAGGAGAAGCCGACAUCCUCCAGCGUUCCCGUCCUCCGGUCUGAACUCAGUCAGGCUGUGGAGAAGACGGACAAACUGCACAACCUCUCGUCUGUCUACUUAGAAAAGUUAAAAACAGUAGACAUCCUGAUGCGUAGCCUGGAUGAAGCUGAGAGCCAGGUCAGGAAGAACGAGAGCAGACUAAGUGAAGAAGACAUUGUUCCUGUCGACACAACGGCCAUUCAAAACCUCAGAGAUCAGCUAGGGAGGUGGCAGGCUGAGCUUGCCGAGCAGGAGGACAUCUUCCAGUCUCUGCAGUCGGAAGUAGAUCGAGCCAAAGAGGUGGGGUCUCAGCUCAGCAGGCUGCACCCAGACCGCAGCCCAGAGCUGGAGCGCUACCAGGAGAGAGCCAAUCAGAUUGCAGAGAGGUGGAGCGGAAUCAAGAGACAGAUGGAGACACGACGGACUGAUCUAGAGGCUCUGGGCUCAGCCCUGCAGCAGUACAGAGACGGCCAUUCUUCUCUGAUCAAGUGGAUCGAAGAAACGACGGAGAGACAAGAAAACACACAACCUGGACAGACAGACAGCAAAGCACUGUCUGAGCAACUGGCCCAGCAGACGGCGUUAGUAGCUGAGAUUGAACAGAACCAGACCAAAUUAGACGAGUGCCAGACUCAUUCCAAACAGUACUGCACCUCAGUGAAGGAUUAUGAACUACAGCUGAUGACCUACAGAGCCUUUGUAGAAUCUACACACAAGUCACCCGUCAAGAGAAGGAGGAUGCACUCUUCCUCUGAUGCCAUCACUCAGGAGUUCAUGGACUUGCGCACACGCUACACUGCUUUGGUUACCCUGACAACCCAGCAUGUGAAGUACAUCAGCGACGCACUGAGAAGACUAGAAGAAGAAGAGAAAGAGGUGGAGGAGGAGAAGCAGGCCAGGGUGGGCCAGGUUUCAGACCUUCUGGGCUGGGUCAAAGGGCUCCAGGGACGGACUGGGGGCCCCAAUGCUGAGUCUUCACUCGCUGCUCAACAGGCCAUCAGUGAACAGCUAGCAGCCAAGAAAGAUGAAGUGGCUGAAGCCAUAAGGAGCACAGAGGUCUUCCUGCUAUCAAAACAAGCCAGCAAGUUGUCCCCAGAGGAGCGUGCUCAUGUAGAGGCUCAGCUGGACGAGCUGAAAGCCACAUACAACCAGCUGUGUGAUAGCUCCACCCAGCAGCUGCAGCAGCUGGAGCAGCAACUGGCCAAAGAAGAGGAAAGAAAGAACCAAAUUGCCAUUGCUGGAGUAAUCGACCUGGGAACAGUGGAAACAUUCCCAGUGUUCCAAGCAGCCCAACGUGGUCUUAUUGACCAGGACACCUGUCAUGUACUACUAGAGGCCCAGCUCAUUAUGGGUGGGCUCCUCCAGCCUGAUUCUCCUCUCAGUCUCUCACUGGAACAAGGUCUAGCUCAAGGACUAAUUGACACCCAUACCAGACAGUGCCUUUCUGAGCUUGAGAGUGCCUUGCUUUUGGUAGAAAAUACUAAGUCUAGAGAUGAACAACAGCAAAAUGUCUUGCCAGUAGCUAAAGCCAUGGAGUUUGGGCUCAUUAGAGAGGAGGUGGGACUUCGUAUUCUAGAAAUCCAGAUGAACACUGGAGGCCUGAGAAACUCAACGGGAGAAAUACUGAGUUUGGAGCAAACAGAAGACAGGAGACUUUUGACUCCCAGAACCCUCACCAAACUCCAGUCAAGGCAACAACAUAGAGAGUUGAUCGAUCCAAACACAGCUGAAAAAUUAAGCCUAUAUGAGCUACAACAGCGCUGUGUCCUCGAUGAAGACUCAGGUCUCCUUAUGUUCCCUGUCAAACAGCAACCUGGAGGAACUGUCUGCCUCCGGUCCGGAAGAAAAGUUGGCAUCUUUCGUGCAGUCCAGGAAGGCCUGAUUGAUCGGAAAGUUACUGUACGACUUCUUGAAGCUCAGCUCUUUGCCGGUGGUAUUGCUGACCCACGGUCUGGCCACCGGCUGACAAUUGAUGAGGCUGUUCGCCAUGGGCUUAUGGACCAGGAUCUAGCAUGUGCUAUGUUAGCACGCCAGCUGCAAAAUGGGGGGAUUCUAGACCCUUUCAGUGGAGAACGCCUGGAUUUGGAAGAGAGUAUUCGCAGGGAUCUUCUCUCCUCUCGUUUGGCUGUGUUGGUCCUUGAGUCUCUUUGGGCAUUCAUGGGAAUAUUGUGGCCUGAAUCCGGAGAACUCAUGCCCAUUGCUGAGGCUCUUCAACAAGGAGUGAUCUCAGGAGAGCUAUCCAGGAACAUCCUAAGGCAGCGACAUACCAUUGGGGCUCUGUACAACCCAGAAACCCUCCAGGUACUGCCCCUAAACCAGGGUGCUGAAGAGGCCCUUGCGCCUGAUGUAGUCAGUUUUCUAAAAGACACCCACAUCCCAGAUGUUCUUUCCAGCAUGAACCAGUCAGGUACCCCAUCUCUAAACCGUUUGAGCUGGGGUUCCUCCAGCUCCUCUCCACCUCCAUCUUCUCCACCACCUUCAUCCUCUCCUGAAGGCCUUGUCUGGGAUGCUACACCAACACAUGGAAUGGAUCCUGAAGAACAAGCAAAACACAAGCUGCUGUUUCACCUUAUGACUCACAGCUAUGUGGAUGCUCAUUCUGGAAAACGAUUGGUGCUGCUAGACCCUGAGUUGGUAGAGUUGGUCAAAGCUACUGAACUGGUUGCUGGAGACUCUGUAUAUGGAGGUCAAGAUAUGCCACAAAGCAGUUUGACCACUGAUGAGCAGGGAAAGCUGCAGAUGGUGAGAAAGUUUAGUUUGACAGAUAAGGGAGUGAUUGACAAACAAACUGAGGUUGAAGAAGAAAGUUCCAGUGUAGUCACACCAAGCAAAGAAUUUGAUAUGAAUAGUACAGGCAGGCUAGAAGAAACGUAUGACGGAGAAAAUGACAACAAAUUGCUGCACAAACCAUCAGUAACUGUAGAGGGUGAUUUAGCCUUUGCGGCUGAAAUUGGCAUAGAUAAAGAUGCAAAACUAAAAUCCCAAAAAUCCCAAAAGAAAGAAAUAUCCAAUCUUGGAAGUUUAAGGGCUUCAACUAAAAAUCUUGAAGAGGAAUUUACAAAAGGACCAGAUAAGCUGGUAGCAAUUCAAUCCAAACCAAGGGAUAGUAGUGUUCAGGAGAUGAGAAGUACAACUACAACAGUAGCUAAAAGAGUCCCAGCACCACUCAAAUCAGAGAGAGAUUUUAGAUUGCUGAAAGAACCCAUCACACUGGGAGCAAAAACAAAUGAAGAUGUUAAUUUAACACAAUCUGAUGAUAAAAACGAUGUAACGCCUUUCCAGACUGAAUCAGAAAGGAUAAAACAGAAGGUGCUUCUAACAGAGACAGACGCAAAGCAUGUUAAACCUCAGAUUGAUAACCUUGAAUCAGCAAUGGAGAGGGCAGCGGAGGAUGCUGAAUUGGCAAGGUUAGUCUUAGAGCUCAAAAAAGGAGGUCUGAUGACAGAAGAAGGGGAAAAGCUGCUCCCAGAUGAGGCAGUAGCCCAGGGUGUUCUCCCUGGCCAUACAGCAGUUAAAUUAAUGGCUCAGGCAAGUCUGUUUGGGGGUUUCCUAGAUGCCAGCAGUGGUGAGUCCCUUAGCAUGGAUGAUGUAAUGCAGGAGGGUUUACUAGAUGAAGAUCUAAUGUGGAGUGUCUUGAAGUCAGAUAAAACCCUUGCAGGGGUUGUGGAUGUAGAGAAAAAGCAGAUAUGUGGGGUAAAGGAAGCCACUCAGGCAGGGUUGAUUGACCCAAACACUGCUGCUCGACUUCUAGAAGCCCAGGUGGUGUCUGGGGGGAUCGUUGACCUACGUAGAGAUAAGAAGGUUUCUGUCACUCUAGCAGCAAACCUGGGACUGAUUGAGGAGGAUCAAAGAGAAGAACUGGUGGCACUAGAGAAAGCGUACAAAGGAAAGGAUACAGAUUCAGCAACAGCUCUGACUAAAGCCAGCUUACAGCUACAGAUGGAAGGUGUUGUUGACCCAGAGUCCAAGUCCCCAGUUCCUCUGGAGCAAGCAAUUCAGAAAGGGUUAAUUAAGUCUGAGGAGGCUUAUCAGGUGUUGGCAAGGCAGGUGGCUGAGGGUGGUAUAAUACAUCAUGCUUCAGGGAUGAGGCUGUCAGUUUCUGAUGCUGUAGAUAGAGGACUAGUGGAUCGGUCCAUUGCUCCUGGGCUGGAAGAACUAGAGUGGGUAUACCAAGGGAAAGUUAGCCCUUCAUCUCACCCAGAAGCUGUAAUUUUCCAGGCAUCAACAGGAGCCAUUUUAGACCCUGACUCUGGGUGUAAACUGACAUUGACAGAGGCCGUUUCUAAGGGUCUUCUGGAUGAGAAUAUUGCCAGUGAAGCCAUGGCUUCUUCUACUGUAACGCAAGGAACACUUGACCCCCAAACUGCACGCAUUGUGCCUUAUUCAGAGCUUGUAAACCAGGGUAAGAUAGAUAUUGAAACAGGCAAACGCUUCUUGGAGGUGAAACCAUUCAGAGGUAUUCAGGAUGAGCAAGCAAGAGACAACUUGAGCCUUCCAGAGGCAGUAGCGUCAAAGAAAGUUGACCCAGUUCCAGCAUUGAGGUUGCUCCAAAGCCAGGCCAACAGUGGAGGGAUCAUUGAUAUCAAUACUGGAGAAAGGCUCCCCCUACCUGAAGCCUGUAAAAGAGGUUUGGUUGGAGACAAUAUGGUCAGGGUAAUAGCCGCCAACCAGUUUUUGAAAGGAGGCUUAGUUGAUCCUGCCACUGGACAACAAGUGUCAAGUCUUGAUGAUGCCAUUGCAAAAGGACUCAUCUCUAGUGACAUCGCUUCAGAGAUUCAGGAGAAAUCGGCGUCUGUGGAGAUAGAGGAUGAAAAUGGUAGUGCUACACCUGUUGCCUCAUCAAAUGGUACAUACAGCCCUGCUAUUGUAUUGUCAGUGUCAAGCCCAGACAGUCCAGCAAACUGGUCAGACAUAAACACUGAGGUGCCUUCAGGAUUUCUACUUUCAAAAAAAGGAUUGGCAAUUACACAGGAUGAUGGAAAGACACUGACAUCUGUAGUAUCAGAUCAGUCACUGCUUUAUGGCACUACUACAGAAGAGGAUGAGGUAGAAGUACCAGUGUCAGUGGAAGAAAAGGCUGUUAUUGAGCCAGACCAAUCCAUAGACCUCUUGUGUGAAUUUGCUACUAAUGUUGAGAAAAGAGUUCAGCAAGCCAUAGAAGAUGUAAUUCCACAGAAAGACAUCAAUACAUCAGAGCCUCUUCCUCAGCAAAAGCUUGAUGUGAGACUGCAAAUAGGUGUGAGUGAGGCUGAUAAUAAACAAAAGGGGAAUGUUUUGAGAGAUAUUGUUGGAGAAUCUAUUCAGACACAAAUCUAUGAUACUGACAAAGAUUUUCAGGAAGACAAAGGUGCUGCUAUUUUAAAGUCUAAAGAUAGGGAACCUGCAAAGGAUGAGAAAAAGAAGUAUAGACCCAGUGAUGAGAGCACAGUGCUUCACCAUGAUUUUGAAGCGAAAUCAUUGUCAGGAAACCUGACAGGUCUUGUGGCAGCAGAGAUUGGAGAUGACAGGGAAAGCAAAGAUGGCAUUGAUUUGUCAAAACUGAGUGAAGAGAAUCAAGGAAAUAGUGAUGUGACAGCACAGAGAGAUGAUGUUGUCGAUGAGAAGGGUAAAAAAGUGGAGAAAGAGAUCAAGAUCAAAUUUAGCACUGAUAUUGAGCAGUCAGGCCAGUUAUUGACGUCUCCAUCCAAAGUGACACAAAGCAAAAGCAAGAAAAAGAGGAAGAAUAAAAAGAAUGGAAAUGGUAAAGAUGCAGAGAGUGAAACACACCCUCCAGAGAUAAAACAUCCAUCUCAAAUUGAUCAAGCUGAUGCACAUAUUGAAGGGCAGACUGAGGCUAUCGUUUCAGGCACUUAUAAGCUUGCAUCACAAGACAAAUAUGAGAAAUCACAGAUUCAAGGAAAGGCAGCUCCCACAGGGCAUCCCAAUGGAGAAGGUGAAGCAAGGGUUGACAGGAAAAUUGAGGCUGAAAAGAAUUUGGUAAAACUGGGACAGGAAGCCGUUUCAGCCACUCUGGAAUUCACAAAACUUGCUAUUGAGCCAGAGAAAGAUACAAUAAAAAUUACAUUAUCAAAGGAUAUAGAAAAGAGGGAUAAAGUAGAGGAGAUAAAAAGGGAGGAGCAGGAAGAGAAAGUUGAAGAGAAGGCUUCUGUCUCUCAGCAACCAGAACAACAAGAGAGCAUUGAGGAGGUAAAGAAAAGGAAGGAGCAAGAAUUGCCUCAGAAAUCUACUCUACCAGACGACGAGAAAGCAGCCCUGAUACUGAAAGCCAAAGAAAGCAUUCUUAAAAAGGUCUUUGAAAAAGGAGUGAGCGAGAAGCAGACUGCUGAGGAGCUGCAGGCAUUGCGCAUCGAGGUGGGAAAGAAGGAGAGUCAAGGUGCAACUGUCAAAGAUGUAAAGAUACAAACUCUGCCAGCUAAGGUUGAUGGGGUGGAGAGUCAUGAUGUCAGAGAUGUAAAGAUACAAACUCUGCCAGCUAAGGUUGAUGGGGUGGAGAGUCGUGAUGUCAGAGAUGUAAAGACACAAACUCUGCCAGCUAGGGUUGAUGGGGUGGAGAGUCGUGAUGUCAGAGAUGUAAAGAUACAAACUCUGCCAGCUAGGGUUGAUGGAGUGGAGAGUCACGAUGUCAAAGAUGAUCAUGUCAAGAGACCCAGUGGUUCACCCAAAGAGAGUGUGGAAGAGAAGGGAGAUGAAAUGAAAUUGACAAGGGCUAAAGAAGAUAUGACAGUAAAGAAAUUUUCCGUCAAGGAGGACAUGGAGACCAAAUUAUUGGAAGCUUCUUCAAAUGAGAGAGAAAAUAACAGGGGUUUUGGAAAAGAAGACAUACAAAAAGACAUUGAGACAGCUCCAUUGGUCCAGCCUAAAGAAAUUCAGCAAAGUAAACGAAGUAAAAAGAACAAGAAGUCCAAGAGUCAAAAAGUGGUAGACAAAACAGAGCCUGAUACUGAGAAGUUACCGACUGCUGAAAAAGUUGAUUCUGAGGUGACACUGACAAAAAUUACCACAAAAUCUGAAAUAACAAAACCAGAUAUAGAUAACGCAGAUUUGACUAAGGAGCAGAUGAUGGACAGACAUACUGAUGGUCAGUCAGCCAGUGGUGUCAUCAGACCUUUAGUUGAUGAUGAGGCAAAUGAAAUGGAGUGCUCUGUAGUUGGUGUUAAAGGAGCUGAGAACAUUCAGCAAAGUCCACAAUAUUUACAUCACUCAGAGGAACCCAGUUCUCAAAUUGAGGAACACUUAAAAUUGACAGGCAUUACAUCUACUGGGAAAGAAGAAUCUCCAAAAUCCACAAAUGCUGGCGAAUCCAUUGACUUUUCUCAAGUGGCUGUCACAUGCAAACCACACAUCCAACCCAUGGUUCAAUCAAUGGCUCCUGCAACACAACCAGAAAAAAGAGUGGGGAAAGGUAAAAAGAAGAAAAGGCACCAACCACCUGAAGUUGAUUGUACCAAUGUUCCUGAAUCAAAAUCUUUAAAAGACCAACAGCAACACCUUGAGUCUCCAGAAUCAGCAGAAGAUGCUUCAACUGAGUCUGAAUCACCUGGAGUUCCUGAGUCUGAUACAGCCACUGAGAGUUGGGAAGAAGGAGAGGAUGAUGUCAGAGAGAGUCGAAAAACUGUGUCAAACAAAGACGGCACAACAUCCAAGAGUAGCAAGUCAUCAUUGAUGCGUCAGGAAUGCUUGGAGCACGACCAGCGAAUUGUAGCCCUGGUCUCCAUGGUAAGACAUAUUGAGGUCAGACUCAAACAGCAGCAACAACAGUCGGUUGGCCGCAGCCUCAUCGCCUUGGAUGACAUCAUCAGACAGACUGAGACUCUGGACCUUGAAUUGUGUGACUUGGAGCCUGCUAUCCACAAAGAAGUGGAGGCUGCUGAGCGGCUGUUGAAGCCCCAACCUCAAGAUGUUCCUCCGCAGCUCCUAUUGGCCCUUGAAAAGGACGGGCGGAGCUUAGCUCGAGGGUAUGAGGCUGCCAGAGCACUUUCUGAGGACAUUCUGCAAAGUCUACGAGGCCAUAGAGACUCUUAUAAGAAGGCGGUAACAGCUGAGCACGAGUCACUUGGAGGACAAGUGGAGAGUCUGCUCUCUUGGUUGAGGGAGACAGAAGCUCAGAUGAAUGGAGGAAUGGCAGGGAUGGAAAAAAUGGAGAAGGCCAAGAAAGAUGACGGUUUUGAUCAGCUCACACAGCAGCUGAGUCUUUGCAAGGAGCUCCAGUCCUCUCUGACGGCUCGCUCCAAUGAGGUCAAUAAUGUGGCCUUUGACAUUCAGGUGUUCAUCUCAGAGCGGGCUCAGGACCUGGCCCCUGAGCAGAGCAGGCAGCUUCUGGGGCAGCUCCAGCAGCUCCAGAGGGCCUUCCAUCAAGCGUCAGGCCAAGCUCAGGCCUGGGCCGAUGCCCUCUCAGCCCAGAGAGAGAGGGAGGAGGAGUGGCAGCGCAGGGAGAGAGUAAAAGAAGAGGAGAAGGACAGAGAAAGGCAGAGUGCAAGGGAGAGAGAGGUGGUUCAACAGCAGAAAGCCGAAUGCUCUCAGAAACUAGAAGGCCUUACUAUGUGGUUGGCUGGAGCUGCCAGCUUGCUGGCCAGUCAGAAAGCUGGAGAAGAGUCAGCUGAUGUGAAUGUCCUGCAAGAGAAGCAGAAAAAACUAAAGGAAGUACAGAAGGAACUCCAGACCAAACGGGAGGACAUAGCCGAGGCUAUCCGCUCUGUGGAGGAGCUCCUGGCAGAGCGAGGAGAAAGUCUGAGCCCAGAGGAGAGGAAGAACCUCCAGGGGGCACUAAUAAGAAUGAAGGAGCAGUACAGUGGCCUUACAGAUUCAGCAAACACGUCACUGUCAGAGGUGGACACAGCCAUCAACACCACUGUACAGCAGAACACACAAAGGGCAAAGGCUGAGGAGGAGCUACAGGAGACCCAAGGCCAGAUAAACUCUCUGCUGAAUGAGUUGUCUUCCCUUAACCAACCAGGCGGGAGAGGAAUUGGAUCUGGAGUGGUCAAAGAUGUUUAUGAUUCUCCCUUUUCACAGCCAGAGGGCGCUAUGAUGUCACACACAGAGAUGCUGCAGGCGGAACUUCAGCAGCUCCAGUCUCAGCAGGCACAGCUACUCCAGAUCACACAAUCAACUCGCUCCCUUCUGGACCAACCUGACUCCACUGUUCCUCCUGAGGAGAAGCAGCGUCUCCGGGCUGCCCUGGAUCUGCUGCAGGCCCAGCACCAGGACAGACUGCAGAGCUGCCAGGACCGUCUGAGGAAGUCUGAGGCUCUGAAGGAUGAGCUGACCAAGUUCCUCCACGAACAUGGAAGUCUAGGUACCUGGCUGGAACAAAGUGAACAGGAACUCCGUUCCCUAGGGGAAGGAGAAACGGACGCACAAGGACUGAAGGGCCGGCUAGAGGAGCACAGAAAGCUUGCUGAGGAGGUAAUUUGCCACAAAGCGGACCUGCGCUUUGUCUCCAUCUCCGGUCAGAAAGUUCUGGACUCUGUUCAAGGAGCACUGGAGCAAGUUGGUGGUUCAGACCCAGCAAUGGAGAGCACCAAGCAGGUGGUAACUGACAAGCUGCAGGACGCUAACCACAGAUACACAACCCUACACACCAAGUCAACAGAGUUGGGCGGCCGUUUGUCCGGCCUGUUGGAGAGGUACCAGCAGUACCAGGAUGAGGUCGUCUCCCUACACUCCUGGCUGAGCACUCAAGAACAGAACCAAAGCAUAGCCAAGCCCAGUGGGGAGACAGACCCCCAGAACCUGCAGAACACACUACGACAAGUACAGCUGCUGCAAGACGAGAUGGCUGAGCGUUCGGUGCAGCUGGAGAAGGUGAAGAGAGCUGGGAGAGAUCUGGUCAGCACAGAUGAGUCUCCUUCCCUGAAAGCUGUCGAUAUCCUCUGUUCUGCAGACGGUUUAGAGAAGAGGUUCGGCUCCCUCUCUGCAUCUGUGUCAGAACGGGCUGAGCAGCUACAGACCGCUGUGGCCCAGUCGGUCAGUGUCCAGGAGGGCCUCAAGGGUCUGCUAAGCUGGCUGGACAAACUGGUUCUGAAUCCAGGACCAGUUGAGCCCACUGCACAGGCUGUACAAGACGCGCUGACCCAGAACCAGAAACUUCGCCAGGAGCUGCUGUCCAGGCAAGGCAGCGUGGAAGCAACACGAGAUUCUGUUUCCAAACUCCUUCAGAGCUCUGACGCCUCCACGGCCUCUGGCCUCCAGGGUGCUUUAGAUGAACUGACUCAGCGCUACGCUGCAUCACAGGCUAGCCAGGCCGAGCGUGAGGCUGAGCUCAGAGGACUGUUGCCCAGGCUGGAGAACUAUGAGAGGCUGGGGACCGACCUCCAAGUCUUCACCCAGAGCCGACUAAAGGCUCUGAGCCCAGCGGGCCAACCAGACCGGAGUGUGGAUGACUACAGGCAGACCAUUGAGGAGGUCAGGUCCGAGCUGGAGCAGGAAGCUGGCCAGCUGAAAUCCUUCUGCAACCUUGCCACCGACCUCAGCCAAUCAAAAGCUUUCAGUAACACUCAAAGCUUAUUGGAUAAUGUCAAAGGGGUGUCUGAUGAGUUCACCCAACUGGAAGCCAAUGUCAACGAAAGGUUUGCUGCAAUCCAGGCCUGUGAGCAGCAGCUGCUCCAGUUCCGCGGCCUCUCUGGCUCCCUCCUCAGGUGGCUUCAGACAGCACAGGACCAGCUGCCGUCCAAAGAGGCCAAUCUCAACACAGAGGGCCUGCAGAGAAGAGUCCAGCAGCUCACGGACUUGCUGAACGACUGGGAGUCACAACAAUCAAGGGUUCAGGAGCUGAACAAGACUGGUUCAGAGCUGGAGUCCCUCAUCAUCGACAUCACCGCUCCUCAGACCAAAACUGGUGCUCCUCAAAUCAAUGGCUCAGCAGGUCCCAGCAGUGUCAAUGGCAUUCACACCUGUAAAGACCUGACGGAGCUCCAGGUAGCCGUAUCUGACGUGAACGGACGAUAUGAGACGCUGGGCGGAGAGUUGAAGGAGCGUCUCGGUUGCCAGCAGGCCUCACUGGAGCUGAGGCAGAAAGCCAGGCAGGGCGCUGAGGAGCUCAAGAGCUGGCUGACGGACAGAGAGCACAGCCUGAAACAGGGACAGACCGCCUCCCCCUCCAGACCUGAGGUGGUACGCGCCCAAGCCCAGGAGAACAAGGCCCUGCUUACAGAGCUGUCUGAGCACUCUGGGAAGGUAGAGGAGCUGAAGAACUCGCUGAGGAAGCUGAUUGCUGACAAUCCUGAUUCUCCUGAGGCAGACAGCUGGAGACAGCAGCUGCAAGAGAUAGACUCCCGCUGGCAGACGGCCAAUCAGACUGCAGCCCAAAGGCAGACUGAGCUGGAGACGUGUGCCGAUAGGCUGGGCAGCUUUGCCACGGCGGCCAAUCAGCUGGGCCCUUGGCUGAGGGAGAAGGAGCUGAUGAUGAGCGUGCUGGGACCGUUGAGCAUCGACCCAAACAUGCUCAACACACAGAAACAACAAGUACAGUUUAUGCUGCGUGAGUUUGAGACCAGGCGGCCGCAGUUUGACCAGCUGACCCAGUCCGCUGAGGGAAUCCUCACCCAGACUGGUGACUCUGCUCAGGACCCCAAGGACCUGGCGGAGGUGCGGGCUGAGCUGGGCUCCAUCUCCCAACAGUGGGAGAACCUAACAAACCGACUGAGUCAGAGGUCAAACCACAUUGACCAGGCCCAGGGAACUAGCGAACGAUACCAGGCCUUGCUCAGAGAGCUCUCCUCUAGUGUCUCUGCUCUGGGCGAGAGGCUGGAUGCUCAGGCCUCGCUGAGUGCCCAGCCAGAGGCGCUGAAACGCCGCCUGCAGGAAACUGGAGAGAUUCGAUCGGAGCUAGAGAGACGGCGGAUCGAGCUGGGAGAAGCUGAGAGGCUCUGCCAGGAGCUAAGCGCUAUCGUGGCUGAGCCCUACCUGAAGGAGGAGCUGAGUAAACGACUGGAAAGUGUCAGCGGGCCGCUGAAGAGUUUGGAGGAGCGCGCAGCUGACGGUCUGUCUCAGCUCCAGACUGCCCUAUCAUCUACUCAGCAGUUCCAGCAGAUGUUUGAGGAGUUGCGCUCCUGGUUGGACAAGCAGGCAGAUCCCAGAGAAUCAUCCAGCGACUCUCUGCCCUGUCAGCCUGGGGCUAUCCGCUCCCUUCUGGCACAGACAGGUGAACUCCAGCGCGGGAUCGCCAGUCAGCGAGGUUCCUAUGAGCUGAUACAAGCCGAGGGAGCGUCACUGCUCGCCACUCUGCCCGCAGGCGGAGACGAACGAUCUGCCCUGCAGUCUCGCCUGGCCUCCUUGAGGCAGGACUGGGACGGGCUGAACCAGAAAAUCUCAGAUCGAGAGAGCAGACUGAAGACCACCUUGAGCAAAGCAGACACCUACCAGCAGCACAAGGCCGAGCUGACACCGUGGUUAGCAGAGUGUGAACAGAAAGAUGGAGAAAUCAAGCCGUCAUUGGACCCAUCGGCCCUGGACGAGGCCUUGCAGAAGGCUCGUGGUUUAUCUCUGGACCUCGAAAGAAGACAACCUCUCCUCGAGUCCUUCAAUACCGCAGCAGAUCAGCUGCUGGAACAAUGCUGCAUCGGGGAGGAAGAGGUACGAGAUGAGAAGGCCCAGCUAAACCGCAGGGUGGACAAAUUGGGCGAGAGGCUCCAUAACCGCACCUCCCAGCUGGAGGAGCUGGCUGGCCGCCUGAAGGAGUUUGAAGAGGGCAGACAGGCUGCAGAGAGGAGGCUGGAGGCCGCCAAGCACCAGAUUGAAGUCCAGGAGGCUCUGGGACCACAGGCAUGCAGUGCAAAGAGCCUGGAGCGGCUCAGAAGUCAGCAGGAGAGUCUGAGGUCUCUGAAGCCUCAGGUGGUCUACCUCAGAGACCUGGCCCAGGGGCUGGUACAGGACUCGCCACAGACACCGGGAGGCAGCACUGAGGGGGCACAGAGGCUUCAGGAGCAGGCCAAAGAAACAGAGAAAGAGUAUGACGAUGUUACUGACAAGAUCGAGCAGUGCUGCUCCUCCCUGGAGUCCCGGCUGCAGGGAGUUGGUGAGGUCCAGUCUCAUGUGCGUGAUGUCUUCUCACGCCUUGCCGAUCUUGAUGAUGAACUGGACUCCCUCAGCCCCGUCGGACGCGACGCAGACUCCCUGGCCUCUCAGGCCGACGCCCUGAAGGGCUUCUUGUCCCGUCUGGCCAACCUCAGGUCGGAGCUGGAGGGUCACGCGACAGAGUGCACCACCAUGCUACGACGAGAGGGCUCCUCCCCUGACCUCCUGGCUCUCAGGAGGGAGACAGAGGCUCUGAGCCGCCAGGCCGGCAAGCUGAGUGAGCGCGGCCAGGGCAGGUUGGACCAGAUCGAGGACGCUGCUGAGAAGGUUCGGGAGUUCUACAGGCUGGUGGCCGAGCUGCAAGGCCUGCUGGGAAGGGCCGAAGAGGGGCUGAGCGCACAGGGCAUGGUUGGCACAGAGGUGGAGAUGAUCAAACAGCAGCUGCAGGAGUUCAAGGCUGUGGAGAGAGAGCAGGUAGACUGCAUUCAACCGAAGCUACAGCACGUCAACGCAGUGGGUCAGGGUCUGAUCCAGAGCGCCGCCAAACACACCGACACCCAGGCACUAGAGCACGACCUGGAGACCACCAACCUGCAAUGGAACUCACUCAACAAGCGGGUGGCAGAGCGGAUCGCACAGCUGCAGGAGGCCCUGUUGCAUUGUGGGAAAUUCCAGGAUGCUUUGGAGCCUCUGCUCAGCUGGUUGAGCGACACAGAGGAGCUGGUGACCAAUCAGAAGCCUCCGUCCGCCGAGUACAGAGUGGUCAAGGCCCAGAUCCAAGAACAAAAGCUGCUCCAGAGGUUGUUAGAUGACCGCCGGCCGACGGUGGAGAUGAUCCGAGCUGAGGGAGAGAGGAUCGCAGCCACAGCAGACACUCAGGACAGAGAGAAGAUUCAAACCCAGCUCCAGAGUCUGGCGGAGAGAUGGACUGACCUGCUGGACAAGGCUGGUGGCAGGCAGAGGCAGUUGGAGGAGCUGCAGGUUUUGGCUCUUCAGUUCCACGAAGCCCUGGAGCCGCUGGGAGAGUGGCUGAGUGCCACUGAGAGACGCCUGAGUUCCGCCGAGCCCAUGGGAACCCAGACGGCCAAGAUCACCCAGCAGAUCAUCAAGCACAAGGCGUUCCAAGAUGACGUGUCCUCUCGUGAAGCCGAGGUUGACCGCCUCGAGUCCCUCAGCCAAUCUCUGACCCCGCUUAGCUGCACGGUUGAUCGUGAUUGGUUAAGCGAGCGGGUGGGGGCGGUGAGGUCAGGUCACUCGGAACUUGCUGAUUGGUGCUCGAGGCGGGCGGGCCUGCUGGAGCAGGCGCUGGCCAACGCUCAGCUGUUUGGGGAGGAUGAGGUAGAGGUGCUGAACUGGCUGGCUGAGGUGGCUCAGAGGCUGUCUCAGGUCUCCGUCCAGAGCUACCAGCCUCAGCUGCUGGCCGAGCAGCACAAACACACUCUGUCUCUAAAUGAGGAGAUUUUGAGCAGGAAGAAGACCGUGGACCAGGCCAUCAAGAAUGGACAAGCUUUACUUAAACAGACCACAGGCGAAGAAGUUCUUCUGAUCCAGGAGAAGCUGGACGGCAUCAAGUCUCGCUACGCUGAGAUGACGGCCGGCAGCAGCAAGGCCCUCCGCACCCUGGAGCAGGCCCUGCAGCUGGCCACGCGAUUCGCCAGUGCCCAUGAUGACCUCAACCAAUGGCUGGACGGCGUGGAGGCGGAGCUCAACAACAUGGAACCUGACGCCACACCCACAUACCAGGAACGACAGAAGGAGCUGAAGAAAGUGUCGGCAGAGAAGCGUCUGGUGUUGGAUACGGUGAACGAGGUGGGCAGCGCCCUGCUGGAUCUGGUGCCGUGGCGAGGCCGCGAGGGUCUGGACCGCCUGGUCGCUGAUGCCAACCAGCGCUACCGUCAGUCGGAUGAAACCAUCACUCAGCGGGUGCAGCUGGUACAAGCUGCCAUCCAGAGGUCACAACAGUAUGAAGAGGCAGUAGACGCAGAGCUGGCCUGGGUCGGGGAGACGGAGCGUAAAUUGGCGUCUCUGGGGCCCCUGAGCCUGGAGCCCGACGUGACAGUUGCCCAGCUGCAGGUGCAGAGGGCCUUCAACAUUGACAUCAUCCGACACAAAGACACUGUGGAUCAGCUCCUCAACACCAGAGACGACAUCCUGGAAACCUGCAGCGACACCCAGAAGGACGCACUGAUAGUGAAGACAGAUUCUCUCAGUGCUCGUUAUGAUGCAGUGAGUCAGAGCCAUAGUGAGCGGUUCUCAGCCCUGGAGCAGGCCCAGGUUUUGGUUGCUCGGUUCUGGGAAACCUACGAGGAACUGGAGCCGUGGCUGGGUGAGACUGAAACCCUUAUCACCCAGCUGCCACCGCCAGCCAUCGACACAGACGCUCUCCGACUCCAACAGGAUCAGAUGAGGCUGCUCAGAGAGUCCAUCGCAGAGCACAAGCCUCACAUCGACAAGCUGCUGAAGAUUGGACCUCAGCUGGCCAAGCUCAGCCUCCAGGAGGGGGCGACGGUGACGCAGCGCUACACCGAGGCCGAGAGACGCUACCUGGCCAUCAAAGAGGGCGUCAAAGGUCGUGCAACAACCCUAGACGAGGCAGUGUCCCAGUCUGCACAGUUUCAUGACAAGAUGGACCCCCUGCUGGAGACCCUGGAGGGGGCGGUCCAGCGGCUGCGGCAGCCUCCCUCUGUGGCGGCGGAGGUGGAGAAGAUCAGGGAGCAGCUGGCGGAGCACCGAGCCCAGGGGCUGGAGCUAGACAAACUGCUGCCGAGCUUCUCUGCCCUCUGCGCCCGUGGAGAGGAGCUCAUCGGACGAGCAGCUCACGACGAUCCCGCUGCUCAGGCCGUUCGCUCCCGCCUCCUGCGCCUGCGCUCCCUGUGGGAUGAGAUCCGGCAGCGAGCCGAGGAGAGGGAGGGGAAGCUGAACGAUGUCUUGGACCUGGCCGGGAAGUUCUGGGCUGACGUGGCGGCGCUACUGAGCACGCUCAGAGACUCCCAGGAUAUAGUGAAGGAGCUGGAGGACCCUGGCGUCGACCCCUCGCUCAUCAAACAACAAAUUGAGGCUGCUGAGGCCAUUAAGGCAGAGACGGAUGGUUUGAGGGAGGAGCUGGAGUUUGUCAGGACCCUAGGAGCUGACCUUAUCUUUGCCUGUGGAGAAACGGAGAAACCUGAAGUGAAGAAGACCAUUGAUGAGAUGAAUGCUGCCUGGGAGGGUCUGAACCGGACCUGGAGAGAGAGGAUGGAGAGGCUGGAGGAGGCCAUGACAGCGUCUGUGCAGUAUCAGGACGCACUGCAGUCUAUGUUUGACUACCUGGACAACGCAGUGAUCAAGCUGUGCGACAUGUCGACUGUGGGAACUGAUCUGGGAACUGUCAAACAGCAGAUUGAAGAGCUCAAGCAGUACAAGGUGGAGGUUUACCAGCAGCAGAUUGACAUGGAGAAGCUCUGCCACCAGGGGGAGCUGCUGUUAAAGAAGGUGUCAGAUCAGACAGACAGAGACAUGAUCCAGGAGCCGCUGACCGAGCUCCGACAUCUCUGGGACAACCUGGGGGAUAAAAUCACCCAAAGACAGCACAAGCUGGAGGCUGCCCUGCUGGCCCUGGGUCAGUUCCAACAUGCCCUGUCUGAGCUGCAGGCCUGGCUGAACCACACACACACCACUCUGGACACACAGCGACCCAUCAGCUCGGACCCCAAGGCCAUUGAAAUCGAGCUGGCUAAACACCAUGUUUUACGUAAUGACGUGCUAUCCCAUCAUGCCACGGUGGAGACUGUGAACGGUGCUGGCACUGAGCUACUGGAGUCCUCUCCUGGCGACGAGGCCAGCCACCUGAGGGACCAGCUGGAUCAUCUCAACCAGAGCUGGGACAGUCUAUUGCUCAAGACCCAGGAGCGGCAGAAGCUACUGGAGGCCGCACUGCAACAGGCUGAAGGUUUCCAUGGCGAGUUGGAGGAGUUCCUCCAGUGGCUGAGGAGGACGGAGAGCCAGCUGUCUGCCGCCAAGCCAACGGGCGGUCUCCCUGAAACAGCCAGGGAGCAGCUACAGCAACACAUGGAGCUUCAGGCUCAACUGGCCCAGCGCGGAGAACAGUACCACCGCCUGCUGGAUCAAGGAGAGUCCAUGCUGCUGGCUCGUGGAGGAGAGGAAGCAGGACCCGGUACCACCCAGACCCAGCAGAACUUGGGCAUGCUGCAGAACAAGUGGGCAAGCUUUAACACCAAGAUGGACGACCGCAGGGCAAAGCUGGAUGAGGCCGUUUCCUUGGCAACAGGUUUCCAAACCUCCCUGCAAGACACCAUCAACUGGCUGACCCAGGCUGAACAGACCCUGAACAUGGCCCAACCCCCAAGCCUCAUACUGGACACUGUCCUAUUCCAGAUUGAUGAGCACAAGGUAUUUGUGAACGAGGUUAAUACCCACAGAGAGCAGGUCCUAGCUCUGGAGAAGGCCGGCUCUCAGCUUCGCUUUGCCAGCCUGAAGCAGGAUGUUGUUCUCAUCAAAAACCUGCUGCUCAGCGUCCAGGCCCGCUGGGACAAGCUGGUCCAGAGGUCACUGGACCGCGGUCGUCACCUCGAUGAGGCCCGCAAACGCGCCAAACAGUUCCACGAGGCCUGGAGGAAGCUGACAGACUGGCUAGAAGAAGCCGAGAAAAGACUGGACUCAGAGCUGGAGAUCUCCAAUGAGCCAGACAGGAUCAAAGUCCAACUGGCCAAACACAAGGAGUUUCAGAAAGCGCUGGGGUCGAAGCAGCCUGUUUACGACACAACAGUGAGGUCUGGGAAGGCCAUGAGGGACAAGGCUCAGCUGCCUGCAGACACCCAGAAACUGGACCACCUGGUGGGAGAGGUCCGCGACAAGUGGGACACCGUCUGCGGCAAAAGCGUGGAGAGACAACACAAGCUGGAGGAGGCUCUGCUGUUCUCAGGCCAGUUUGCAGAGGCUCUCCAGGCCCUGGUGGACUGGUUGUACCGGGUAGAGCCCCAGCUGGCUGAAGACCUGCCCGUCCAUGGAGAUCUGGAUCUGGUGUCCAACCUCAUGGACUCACAUAAGACUUUCCAAAAAGAGCUGGGGAAGAGAACGGGCAGUGUUCAGGCUCUGAAACGCUCAGCCAGGGACCUUAUGGAUACCGGCCGCGAUGACACGGCGUGGGUCAAAGUUCAGCUUCAGGAGCUCAGCAACCGCUGGGAUACAGUGUGCGCCCUUUCGGUCACAAAGCAAACGCGCCUACAGCUCGCCCUCAAACAGGCGGAGGAGUUUCGUACGGCGGUGCAGGUGCUUCUGGAGUGGCUCUCUGAGGCGGAGCAGACGCUUCGUUUCCGCGGCGUCCUUCCCGAAGAGGCAGAGACUCUGCAAGCGCUGCUGCACACGCAUCGAGACUUCAUGGGCACCGUGGAGGAGAAGAGGGCAGAUGUCAACAAGGCUGCCGGCAUGGGAGAGGGCAUCCUGACUGUUUGUCACCCUGACUCCAUCACCACCAUCAAACACUGGAUCACCAUCAUCAGGGCACGCUUCGAAGAGGUGCUGACGUGGGCCAAACAGCACGAGCAGCGGCUUGAGACGGCUCUGACUGAGGUGCUCAACAACGCCAACCUGCUGGAGGAGCUGUUGUCAUGGCUACAGUGGGCUGAGACCACAUUGAUCCAGAGAGACACCGAGCCGCUUCCUCAGGACAUCACACAACUCAAAACACUCAUCACAGAACACCAGAUGUUUAUGGAGGAGAUGACGAGGAAACAACCAGAUGUCGAUAAAGUGACGAAGACCUACAAAAGGAAACCGGCUGAGGCUCCCAGCAGCCUGGCUGAGAGGAGAGGAGCUCGCAAACACCAGCAACAGCAGCAGCAGCAGCAGGCGGCCAUGCAGGUCUCCGGAGGAAACCCGCGACUCAACCAGCUCUGUGCCAGGUGGCAGCAAGUUUGGCUGCUGGCUCUUGACCGCCAGCGCAAACUCAACGAUGGUCUGGACAGACUGGAGGAGCUCAAAGAGUUUGCCAACUUUGACUUUGAUGUGUGGAGGAAAAAGUACAUGCGCUGGAUGAACCACAAGAAGUCCCGUGUUAUGGACUUCUUCAGACGCAUCGACAAGGACCAGGAUGGAAAGAUCACGCGGCAGGAGUUCAUCGACGGCAUCCUGGCAUCAAAGUUUCCCACCAGUAAGCUGGAGAUGACAGCGGUGGCAGACAUCUUUGACAGAGAUGGAGACGGUUACAUCGACUACUAUGAGUUUGUUGCUGCUCUGCACCCCAACAAAGACGCCUACAGACCCACCACCGACGCUGAUAAGAUAGAGGACGAGGUGACUCGGCAGGUGGCCCAGUGUAAAUGUGCCAAGAGGUUCCAAGUGGAGCAGAUCGGAGAGAACAAAUACCGGUUCUUCCUCGGAAACCAGUUCGGUGACUCUCAGCAGCUGCGUCUGGUGAGGAUUUUGCGCAGCACGGUGAUGGUGAGAGUCGGAGGUGGCUGGAUGGCUCUGGACGAGUUCCUGGUCAAAAAUGAUCCAUGCAGAGUGCAACAUCCAGGACUUAAGAUUCUCCGCUCCGAUUCCAGUAGCUCCAUCUCAUCUCGUAUAGUGACAGUCACUCCUGGCUAUUUCUGCUGCCGAGCUCGUGGUCGCACCAACCUGGAGUUGAGGGAGAAGUUCAUCCUUCCUGAAGGAGCGUCUCAGGGUCUGGCUGCCUUCCGUUCCCGGGGACGACGCUCCAAACCGGGGUCCCGCAACGCUUCACCAACCCGCUCCUCCUCCUCGGCCUCCCACAGCGGCGCCUCCCUCCCCUCUGCUCCUUCCACCCCCGCCACACCGACAGCCUCCGCGUCAUCGAGGUCCUCCCAUACUCACUCGCGUGACUAUGCCAAGCCCUGGCUGGCACACAGUAAAACUCCAACGCCAACCAAGUGCCACUGCUGCCCAGAUCUCGGCCACACGACUCCUGGGCACGAGGGGGCGACGUCGGGGUCCAAACUAAAGAGGCCGACGUUCCACUCGAGCCGAGGCUCGCUGACGGGAGAGAACGGAGGAACGACACACACCAGCAAACCUUCGCGAAGUGAUCCAAAGCGAGGGGCAUCCACAGCCAGCGGUCCGACCAGCCGAGCUGGCAGCCGGGCGGGCAGCAGAGCCAGCAGUCGCCGCGGCAGUGAUGCCUCGGAUGCAUCAGAGCUACAGGACGCCCGCUCCGUCUGCUCUGAUGCCUCGGACACCCCACGACGACCCGGCGGAGCCAAACCCUCUAAGAUUCCCACCAUCUCCAAAAAGGCUCCCAGCCCAAAGACCCCAGGGUCUGCGAGGAAAUAACACCAGCCACAGAGGGUGGACUGCUAUCGUCGGCCAUUUUGGGUGCACCAGCUCUUCAGUCGGAAGUCUAUACAUAGGGCUUGUGCAGAAUAUGUGCACUAUGACUGACAUUUUCCAGGGGAAAGAAGGAGAUGGAUAGGAUGAGUGAAUCUCCCUCUCACUCUUUCCCCGGUCUCAUAAACGGAUUGAAAACAUGCACAAGAGGAGCAGAGUUCUGGUCUGGCAGUCCCAGGCCAGAGUCUGUGGGGUCGAAACCGACUUUUCCCCUUUAAGAAGCGACCCCAUUUUGCCUUCCAGUCUCCUGCUUUGUCUUUCAAAAGUUCUCCACCAGAGUGGAACCAAACACGGACUUGACAUGAUGCUGCCUUACUUUGUGUUACCCUCUUCUGUCCCGAUCAGACAGAGCAACAGAGAAAGUCUUUAAACUGCUUUAUACCACACUGACACACAAAUACACACAUUUUAACACAGAGGCGGGGUAGGGAGUGGGACACGCCACCACCACCACGGCUACGAAAACAAAAAAAAAUCUCAAAUGACAUUCAGGAAAAAAAGAAAGAAUUGUGGGUUAUUAUUUUGGCUUGUGGGCCCGAUGCCUCAACGAUGAGUUUAAAAAGAAAAUAUGCAACGACUGCCAUGUCGCUUCCGACUGGUUGGCGAGAAAAACAGUCACCUCAGCAGAUCUGCAGAAGCAGACACCACGUGUGGAGAGCUCGGGAGGCGGGAAACGCUGUCCGACACACACACACACACACACACACACAUACAUACAUACACCGGCUAACCUCGGACUCAGAGGAUCGGUGGUGGUGACGGUGGCUGAGGGCAAACACUCACACACUCAAACACCGCAGAGCAGACUCCUCCCGACCGCUGGAACGUUAAGAUCAGCCUUGUGUGUGCAUUUCAGCAAAGGGCGGUGUGGUUUUGUCACAUGCCGGCGUAACAAUCCAACACACAGAAAUCACAAACUGGCAAUAGAAAGGACUAUUUUUAUGGUGACACACACAACUAACAGCACAUUACUGACAAUAUACGACAUGUGUAACCUAACCCGAUGUUAAUGACCGUGUUUGCGGAGUUCGACAACCAGCAUGCACUAAUUGUCUCUUCCUCUGCAGUUCCACCUUAAUGUCUACACUGUGUUGCCCUUAGCAACCCAGCAGCACACACACACACACACACACACACACACUCUCUCUCUCACACACAAGGUGGUGUGUAUCAUGUGUGUCUUUGUUACAGGAAAUAAGAGGUCAUUGACUUGAGUCACUGUAUGCAAAAAUUUUGAUUUGCGAAUGUCAUUAUGUUUUUCUUCUCGUUGUUUUCUGGUUAAUUUAUAAUCCAGUUGUACUUUUGUUAACUAGCUUGAAAGAAAAGUCUAUUUAUUUUUCAGUUCCAUGUCAUAUCACCAUUCGCGGAGAGUGAUUUAGUAUUAUGGUUAAAGAAAUUGUGAUUUUUGUACCAAGGAAAUGUCCGCUCUGCUAUUUGACAUUAUUUGUGUGUAAAGUGUGUUUCUACUUCAUUGUAACAUUACAUUAUUCACUAGGUCGCUGAUUCUAGUGGCAGCCUUGUUUGUUCAUUUUUCUCUUUUGCUAAUGACUACAAUUCCCAGACCAUGACCAAAGGGGUUUGCCCUUCAUGUGUAGAGAGAACUACAAAUAUGAAUGACAGGAGACCUGAGCAGAGUGGACCAAUGAGAGCGGGUUUCCUCCCUCAUGUCCCUCUCCAGCGUCUCUCCUUCUAGGCUCUUUUUUCAAAUGUCCUGUCAUUGAUGGGGCCGAAUUGUCUCUGUGUUAUCUCAGUGUAAGAGAUGAAGUUUAUGAAAAACUAAUGAAAGUACAGUAAGAAAGAAUACAUCUUAAGGUGAUUUUUAUUUAUUUAUUGUCUCUCUGAGGGAGUCUGGACUCGGGCGCAGGAGAUGAGUCCGCCACCUUUUGAUGCUGUGCUACUCUCAGUGUGAUGAUGAGAACAUGGAGGGAGGGAGGGGUGUUACUAGGAGUCAAUUGUGUAAAAGUAAAAACAAAAAACUAAAAUUAUAAACAAUUUUUUGUUCUGUUUUUGUAUUAAAAAUAUGCUUGCAGUAAAA